AUGCAAGGUUCACCUCCCACAGUGAAAAUUUUCGCAAAACCCGAUUGCGUGUGUGUUGCUCGAUCGCGCCCCGUGACGCGGUACGUGUGGAUCUUCGCAGAUGGAAUUUUGCUGGGCCUCGGAGCACAGAACGGGUACCUGUACUUCUACAGGGCGGAGAAGGGCGGGUAUGCGUUCAGGCGGACGGCGAUCUUGCAGGGAUCGCUGCCGCUGGCUCAUCUGGACUGGUCGACCGAUUCCGUGUACGUGAGGACGCAGUCGCAGGAUGGGGACGUCGGAUUCUGGGAUGUGAAGGCGCAGGCGGAGGUGAAGGAUCAGAGCAAGAGCAGGGACCUUGCGUUUGCGACGCAUAACUGCACGCUGUCGUACUUCACGUUUGGUGAGUGGGAG